CACGCGGGCUCCCGGCCGGUGACAGCUGGAAGGGGGAGACAUGGAGUCUGGAGUGCCCUUUGUCUAAGUUGGCUCCGUCCAGCCCGGCCGGCGGCUGCGAUCCCCGCCCGGCGGGGCGCAGACCCGGGCUGGGGGCGAGCUCGCCGUCACUCCUCGGAAGGGCAGGAGGGAGAACGGGGCGCAGACCCGGCGAUUCCCUUCCCCUCGUCUCCGCUCCAGCCGGCGGCACGCGGCGGCUCCGGCGCGGGCAGAGGGAGGUGAUAAUCAUGGGUCAAACCGGAAAAAAAUCUGAGAAGGGACCAAUUUGUUGGAGAAAACGUGUAAAAUCAGAAUACAUGAGACUGAGGCAGCUCAAGAGGUUCCGACGUGCCGAUGAAGUAAAGAGUAUGUUUAAUUCUAAUCGUCAGAAGAUACUGGAAAGAACUGAAAUCUUAAAUCAAGAAUGGAAACAACGUAGGAUACAGCCUGUUCACAUCAUGACUUCUGUGAGCUCAUUGCGCGGGACCAGGGAGUGCUCUGUUACCAGUGACAUUGAUUUUCCAAAACAAGUCAUCCCACUGAAGACUCUCAAUGCUGUUGCUUCUGUGCCUAUAAUGUACUCUUGGUCUCCCCUUCAACAGAAUUUUAUGGUAGAGGAUGAAACUGUUUUACAUAACAUUCCAUAUAUGGGAGAUGAAGUGCUUGACCAGGAUGGUACCUUUAUUGAAGAACUGAUUAAGAAUUAUGAUGGGAAGGUGCAUGGAGACAGAGAAUGUGGAUUUAUCAAUGAUGAAAUAUUUGUUGAGUUGGUCAAUGCCCUUGGUCAAUAUAGUGAUGAUGAAGAUGAUGAUGAUGGAGAUGACAAUCCUGAUGAAAGAGAUGACAAGCAAAAAGAUCGGGAAGGUAACAGGAUGGAGAAAGAAACCCACCCACCUCGGAGAUUUCCUUCUGACAAAAUAUUUGAAGCCAUUUCCUCAAUGUUUCCAGACAAGGGUACUGCAGAAGAAUUGAAAGAGAAAUACAAAGAACUUACUGAGCAGCAGCUUCCUGGAGCUCUUCCUCCUGAGUGCACACCGAACAUAGAUGGACCAAAUGCUAAAUCUGUUCAGAGGGAGCAAAGCCUGCACUCCUUUCACACACUCUUCUGUAGGCGCUGUUUUAAAUACGAUUGCUUCUUACAUCCAUUCCAUGCAACUCCCAAUACUUAUAAGCGAAAGAAUACAGAAACAGCAUUAGAUAAUAAGCCUUGUGGACCUCACUGUUAUCAACAUUUGGAGGGCGCGAAGGAGUUUGCGGCUGCCCUGACCGCGGAGCGCAUCAAGACCCCGCCGAAGCGCCCCGGCGGCCGCCGGAGGGGGCGGCUGCCCAACAACACGAGCCGGCCCAGCACGCCCACCAUCAACGUCCUGGAGUCAAAGGACACCGACAGCGAUCGAGAGGCCGGCGCCGAGACCGGCGGGGAGAACAACGAUAAAGAGGAAGAAGAGAAGAAAGAUGAAACAUCCAGUUCCUCUGAAGCGAAUUCUAGGUGUCAAACACCAAUAAAGAUGAAGCCAAAUAUUGAGCCUCCAGAGAACGUGGAAUGGAGUGGUGCAGAAGCUUCAAUGUUUAGAGUUCUUAUUGGCACCUACUAUGACAACUUCUGUGCAAUUGCCAGACUGAUUGGGACCAAAACGUGCAGACAGGUGUAUGAGUUUAGAGUAAAGGAAUCUAGUAUUAUUGCACCAGUCCCUGCUGAAGAUGUUGAUACUCCUCCCAGAAAGAAGAAAAGGAAACACAGGUUGUGGGCUGCUCAUUGCAGAAAGAUACAGCUGAAAAAGGAUGGGUCAUCGAAUCACGUUUACAACUAUCAGCCAUGUGAUCACCCACGUCAGCCUUGUGAUAGCUCAUGCCCAUGUGUAAUUGCUCAAAACUUCUGUGAGAAGUUUUGUCAGUGCAGCUCAGAAUGCCAGAAUCGUUUUCCUGGGUGUCGUUGUAAAGCACAAUGCAACACCAAGCAGUGUCCCUGUUACCUGGCUGUCCGUGAGUGUGAUCCUGACCUCUGUUUGACUUGUGGAGCAGCUGACCACUGGGACAGCAAAAAUGUUUCUUGCAAGAACUGCAGCAUUCAGAGAGGAUCCAAAAAACACUUACUAUUGGCACCUUCAGAUGUGGCAGGUUGGGGAAUUUUUAUCAAAGAUCCUGUACAGAAGAAUGAAUUCAUCUCUGAAUACUGUGGUGAGAUUAUUUCUCAGGAUGAGGCAGACAGAAGAGGAAAAGUGUAUGACAAAUACAUGUGCAGCUUUCUGUUUAACUUGAAUAAUGAUUUUGUGGUUGAUGCAACACGCAAGGGCAACAAAAUUAGAUUUGCAAACCAUUCAGUAAAUCCCAACUGCUAUGCAAAAGUUAUGAUGGUUAAUGGUGAUCACAGAAUAGGAAUAUUUGCUAAAAGAGCCAUUCAGACUGGUGAAGAACUGUUCUUUGACUACAGAUAUAGCCAAGCGGAUGCCCUUAAAUAUGUGGGCAUUGAAAGAGAAAUGGAAAUCCCUUGACACCAGCUACCUCUUCUUUUAAACAAACAGCUGCCUUAUCUUCAGGAAUUUCUAGUACUGUGGGCAAUUUUAGAAAAAUACAAAUGAUGCAAUUUGAAAUUCUGUAUUUGCAAAGUACUGUAACAGUAAUUUAUAGUAACAAAUUUUAAAAAAACCUGACUUUUUAUUGCCUUCUCACCAGCUGCAAAGUGUUUUGUACCUAUGAACUUUUGCAAUAAUGUGGUGUGGUACAUUUUUCAACCUUGAAUAAAGGAUACUUGAACU